UCCCGCCCCGUUCGCGGGCCGACUCCCCCCCGCGGCCGCCAAACCGCGCCCUCCGUCCGGGUUCCGGAGCCCGCCACCCGGAGAAGUUGAACGCACGUCGGGUCCCGGACCCCGGAGGUCGCCCGGAUCUCGGAGGAACCGGCUCCCGGCGUGCCGCCUCUGCCGGGGCUGAGCGCCGGGUUUCCAGACUUACAGGAUGACUAAAUGUUGAUGGAAAGAGCAUAAGCCUAUCUUCUUCCAUUAUGGAGACAGGUUUAUCAGAUGGAGAACCUGACCGAACUUCGAUCUUGCCAUAUUCAGAAGUUGCUGAAGUUCAAGAGACACUUGGUGAUAGCAAAGAUAUCCUUGGGCAAUCAACUAUUGUAGCAAACAGUGACGAAUCUCAAGUUUUGACACCAGGAAAGAUGAAUCAACGCCAAGGAAAAGAAUCAUACUCAACACCAACUAAGGAUUUACACCAGCCAUCUCUUAGUCCUGCAAGUCCUCACAGCCAGGGUUUUGAAAGAGGAAAGGAAGAUAUCUCUCAAAAUAAAGAUGAAUCUUCACUUUCUAUGUCAAAAAGCAAGUCUGAAUCUAAACUUUAUAAUGGCUCAGAAAAGGAGAGUUCAACUUCAAGCAAACUCACAAAAAAAGAAUCUCUUAAGGUGCAAAAGAAAAAUUACCGAGAAGAAAAGAAAAGAGCCACAAAAGAGUUGCUCAGUACAAUCACAGAUCCUUCAGUUAUUGUUAUGGCUGAUUGGUUGAAGAUUCGUGGUACUCUGAAGAGCUGGACCAAGCUGUGGUGUGUGUUGAAACCUGGAGUGCUACUGAUCUAUAAAACCCAAAAAAAUGGUCAGUGGGUUGGAACAGUCCUUCUGAAUGCCUGUGAAAUCAUUGAGCGGCCAUCAAAAAAGGAUGGCUUUUGUUUCAAGCUUUUCCACCCUUUGGAGCAGUCUAUUUGGGCAGUGAAGGGUCCUAAAGGUGAAGCAGUUGGAUCCAUAACUCAGCCCUUACCUAGCAGUUAUUUGAUCAUCCGAGCUACUUCAGAAUCAGAUGGAAGAUGCUGGAUGGAUGCUUUGGAAUUGGCUUUAAAAUGUUCUAGUCUUCUUAAACGUACAAUGAUCAGGGAAGGAAAGGAACAUGACCUGAGCAUUUCAUCAGAUAACACACAUGUAACUUUGUAUGGCUUAUUACGUGCUAACAAUCUCCACAGUGGUGACAACUUCCAAUUAAAUGAUAGUGAAAUUGAUCGACAGCAUUUUAAGGACCAAGAUAUGUAUUCUGAUAAAUCUGAUAAAGAAAAUGAUCAGGAGCAUGACGAGUCAGACAAUGAGGUACUGGGAAAAAGUGAAGAAAGUGACACAGAUACAUCAGAAAGACAAGAUGACUCAUAUAUUGAACCUGAACCAGUUGAACCUUUGAAGGAGACCACCUACACUGAACAGAGCCAUGAAGAACUUGGAGAGGCAGGUGAAGCUUCUCAAACAGAAACUGUGUCUGAAGAAAAUAAAAGCCUUAUCUGGACACUGUUAAAACAAGUUCGCCCUGGCAUGGACCUGUCCAGGGUUGUUCUGCCUACAUUUAUUUUGGAACCUCGCUCUUUCCUGGAUAAACUUUCAGAUUACUACUAUCAUGCAGAUUUCCUGUCUGAGGCUGCUCUUGAAGAAAAUCCUUAUUUCCGUUUAAAGAAAGUAGUAAAAUGGUAUUUGUCAGGAUUCUACAAAAAGCCAAAGGGACUAAAGAAACCUUAUAAUCCUAUCCUUGGUGAGACUUUCCGUUGUUUAUGGAUUCAUCCACGAACAAGCAGCAAAACGUUUUAUAUUGCUGAACAGGUGUCUCAUCAUCCACCAAUAUCUGCCUUUUAUGUUAGUAACAGAAAAGAUGGCUUUUGUCUCAGUGGUAGUAUCCUGGCUAAGUCCAAAUUCUAUGGGAACUCUUUGUCUGCAAUAUUAGAGGGAGAAGCACGGCUAACUUUUUUGAACAGAGGUGAAGAUUAUGUAAUGACAAUGCCAUAUGCUCAUUGUAAAGGAAUUCUUUAUGGCACAAUGACACUGGAGCUUGGUGGAACAGUCAAUAUUACAUGUCAAAAAACUGGAUACAGUGCAAUACUUGAAUUUAAACUAAAGCCAUUUCUAGGGAGUAGUGAUUGUGUUAAUCAAAUAUCAGGAAAACUUAAAUUGGGAAAAGAAGUCCUAGCUACUUUGGAAGGUCACUGGGAUAGUGAAGUUUUCAUUAAUGAUAAAAAGACUGAUAAUUCAGAGGUUUUCUGGAAUCCAACACCUGACAUUAGGCAAUGGAGAUUAAUAAGGCAUACUGUAAAAUUUGAAGAGCAAGAAGAUUUUGAGUCAGAAAAACUCUGGCAACGAGUAACACGAGCCAUAAAUGCCAAAGAUCAAACAGAAGCUACUCAAGAGAAGUGUGUUUUGGAAGAAGCUCAAAGGCAAGCUGCCAGAGAUAGGAAAACAAAAAAUGAAGAAUGGACUUGCAAGUUAUUUGAACUUGAUGCACUCACAGGAGAAUGGCAUUACAGGUUUGCAGAUACUCGACCAUGGGACCCACUUAAUGAUAUGAUACAGUUUGAAAAAGAUGGUGUUAUCCAGACUAAAGUUAAACAUCGCACUCCAAUGGUCAAUGUCCCCAAAAUGAAACAUAAGCCAACCAGGCAACAGAAGAAAGUGGCAAAAGGCUAUUCCUCCCCAGAACCUGAUAUCCAGGACUCAUCUGGAAGUGAAACUCAAUCUGUAAAACCAAGUACACGAAGAAAGAAAGGGAUUGAACUGGGAGACAUUCAAAAUUCCAUCGAAUCUAUAAAACAAACACAGGAAGAUAUCAAAAGAAACAUUAUGGCUCUUCGAAAUCACUUAGUUCCAAGUACACCUGCCACGGAUUAUUUUCUGCAACAGAAAGACUACUUCAUCAUUUUCCUCCUGAUUUUGCUUCAAGUCAUAAUAAACUUCAUGUUUAAGUAGAAGUUCUUUACAGUUCAAUCAGUGAACUAGAUCAGCUUUGACCUGGGACCAGUGUUCAAGUUGGUUUGGUCUUUGUUAAAACAUGAAAUAUUUCUAAAACAAAAAUUACAGGAGAUAAGUGUAUAUGUGUCUACCUUUCAUAUCUUUUAUCCUUAACUUAAAAUGAGAGCUAUCCCAUUUGUCUAAUAAUGUGAGCUAUGUGUUAAGAACCAGGAUAUUUCUAGCUUUUAUGAGAAUAUGUCUUACAUGUGAUUACAUGUACACAUAGCUAUCUCUUAUGUAUUCUUAUUAGACAUUAGUCUUGUGUUCUAUAGAAUGUUCUGAGAUGUACUGCAAACAUUGUUCAUAAUGAAAAUGCUAUUGAUCUUAUUAAUGUAUGUAUGGUAGUCUAUUUUCUUCUUAAGAUAGGCACAAAACUAUUAUCAAGGAAUUUACAGACUUGGAAAUGAUGGGGUAAUAGACCUAUUGUAAAUAUUUCAAUAUAUUAUACUGUUAAAAAUCAUUUCCAAAGUACCCAGGUCAAUUGUGUUCUUAGAAACACCAAGAAAUAAAAAUUACAAAUGGUCAGAAUUAGUAUCUUGAAAAAGACGUGGCAAAGUUUUUAAAAGUUUACAAAUGAUUUUUAAACCUGUAGAAUUUAACAUUUCUACGUAUAAGUAUAUAUGUGCUUAUGUGUAUAUCAAUAUAAAAAACCUGGUAUGCAGCUACAUGGAUGUAUUAAUUGUAACACCACCAUAUGCACUUGUUGAAAAGUGUGGUCAAAAUUGAUUGCUGUCCUUUUUUCUUUUUUUAAGUUAUCUGGUCCAUGUUAAUAGGCCAAAUUAUAAAGGUGUUUAUAAGGCAUAUGAAAUAGUGAUAGUUCAUGUUUUUUCUUUUGAAAAACAUUUUAGUGUUCAUUUGAACCCUAGUAUGUUCAAUGAAUAAGUAGAAUAGGAAAAAACUAUAACAAAUGUUUUACUUCAAAAACCAAAAAGAGAAAGGCAAUAAGAAAUGGCACUAUUUACUAGCCUUUAUAUGUAUGCAUUAAAAUUGGUUUCCUUAAAAUGUGCAGUAGUUGAGCAUUUAAAAGUACUGAGUUCUAAAGUGUAAAUCUUUAUUAUGCCCCUCUAUUCUUAGUAAUUUUCAUCUUGUGGCAAAAACCACAAUUCUUUAAGAUUCAUUUUGUCAGGCAUAUUUUUCCUCUUUUUUUUGCCUAUAUCUUCAACAUACCCUUUUAACUUUGUGUUUUUACAUAUAGUCCUUAACUUUUCUUUUUUGCAAAAGUAGUUAAGUUUAGGAAGAUGAUGUCCUAAAAUAUACUUUAGAAAAUAUAGAUUUUUGGAGUGCUUUUUUAAAUGAAAAUGUAGAUCAGAGAGAAUAAUUGCUCUGACUAUAUCUGCCUUUGACUAAGAAGAGACUGUGAGAUACAUGUAAAAUUACAAUCAACUCUGUGCUGUGACAAAUGUAAUGUUAUAUCAAGGGAGAAUUGCUAAUUUAUGAAAACUGAUAACCUGGUUUUUUUCUAACAAAUAGAACUAAGUAUCCUUAGGUAUCUAUGAAGAGCCAUGUCCCAUGCAGUAUUGUCAAAACAGUACUGCAUUCCAUAUGUACACAUAAGAACUUUUUAAAUGUACCAGCAUAAAUAAGGUGUAUGUGUAUCCAGUAUUUUCAUUAGUCUUAGAACAGGUGGGUUUGGGAUUAUAUUUCAUAUUUCUCAGUAUAUAUUUUGUAUUUGCAUUCUGUUACCAAUAUUAUAUGCUCAACUGCCUAUUCAUUGACAUGUGGUAUUUUGUAAAUAUUGUACAAUUUGAUCUUUAUAUGAUUUAAAUUAGCAUUAAUUUAUACUAUAUGAAACUUGGUUGGCUAAUCACAAAAGUUAUUUCAUCAUUAAACCUUGGCAACUUAAAAUUUUUUAUUGAUGACCUGUCUUAGGGUUUUGGUCUUACCCACUUGUAUGUUACUUUUUCAUUUGAUCUAAUAUUGUUUUAUUUGCAUGGAUGUCUUAUAAGACUGGAAGAAUAAUUAUUUUAUUAUUUUGAUUUUUUUUUAAGGAAAAAUGUUAUAGAGUCUUACCCAAGGAGUCAAAACCUAAGGAGCAGGGUGGGUUAUUCAUGACUGUUUCUUAUAUACACUAAAAGCAUAUUUCUAAUUGAAUAGUUUCCACAUGCUUUUGUUGUAUUGGUUCAUUUCUGUGGGCAGAACACAAAACUCAGGAAUUGGUGGCUUAAUUGCAGAUCAGUACUUAUACUGGGGCUUAGUAUGUGAAUCCAUUAAAACAUUCAGUUAUCUUUGUAGUUAGCCAUAAUAUGUAAUUGACUUUGAAUGUUCUUUUUUCUGAGAUUAAUACUCCUCUAUAUAUGGAUUUUUAAUGUCAUUCACAGUUCCCAACUGUCUGAAAGCUUCAUGGUGGUUUCUAAGAUUUACGACCUUAAGACCAGUUUUCUUUUAUGGAAAAUGUUUUCUCACAGGAAAAUUUAUAUGAGUAAUAAUUAUUGACACAUGCACUUUUGUUUUAGUUGUGAAAUGUACUAGGUCUUCAGUCAUCUCUCUUUUAGUGAGACGUUGUUGGCUAGAAAAAAGAUCAUAAAAGCAUGUGGAAUGUUAUUACAGCAAUAUAGAUAUCUUAUAUCAGUACUUUAUGUAUCACUUAUGAAGGUACAAUAUAAUCUUUGUCACAGCUCAGUUGAUAAUUGCAUUCCAUUGAAAAGUUGGCCUUGUAAAUUACAACUCUCACUUAAUAUUCAUGCUUUUGUGCCUUUAAGAAAAUAUUUUUGUCAUUUUUGUGUUACAGAACUGUAAUAUGUUCAAAGUAUUUAUAGGCUUAUUUGUCAUAAAAAGGUCAUUUCUUUGUGUCACUUUAUUUCCUUUUAUAUAGUGGAAGUAUAUUUAAAUAGCAGUGCUGUACUUUUUUAAAGGUUUGUCUAUUUACCUAUUUCAAAUAUAUUCUUAUUCUCAAACAUCACUGAAGUAGACUUGUCAGACUAUUCUGAGUAUUGUAAACAGUGCCUUUUUGAUGGAAUUCACACAGUUUUGGAUGUCAUCUUGUGCCAUAUACACAGAAUUCUGUGGAAGGCAGUUUUAACUUUUUGAAGAAUAUCUUCAUCAAAUUUAAGAUAACAAUGUGUAAAAUUUUUUUUCAUAUGUUCAGCAUUUCUAGUGAGUAAUUAGUAGUUUGGAGAUUUUUGCUUGACCUACAGUGAUAAUGGUAUUAAUUGAUGAGUCAAUAUGUAAGAAUAGAAAUUACGAUAAAUUAUGUAAAAUAUAAAGAAAUAAAAUAUUAGUAUUUAUAUAAAAUUUUCCAAUUUGACCCAAUGAGGGGAACCCCGCAUAAACCAGUAAGUUUACAUUUCAAUUUGUAUGUUAUUUGACUAAGUGUAAAGAGAUUCUUUAAGAUGUAUAACCUGCCAAUAUGAUGUAAUUUCAUUUUCUUCUACAUAUCCUUAAGUUAGUGUACUUAAUUUCCUUUUUGUUACUCUUAACAUAUAACUUUUGUUAGUUUUUAAUUGAAAAUGGACUGUUAAAAUUGUAUAGGACCAGUGUCUUUAGUAUGAUUAACAUUUUUAGAAGAGCCACAAGAAACCCAUGACAAAAUGAAUGUGAAUAUACUUUCUAAAAUAUUUAGAAAAUUUUGUUUCUGCAUUUAUCAUGUAAAAUUAUUUUGGUAUUAUAAUACUGAAAAUUGAAAGCAAAUUGCCAUGAAACAGUUGAAUGAUGAGCCACAGAACUUUGGUUGAAUUUUUUUUUCAUGUUUUAGCAUGCUCAAUAUACACUUAAGUUUAUAAAUAUCCUGUUUAAUGGCCAUUUAUAAAUUCAAGCACUACCACUGGUCAGUUUUGUAUGAUAAAAUUAAAAGUAUGUUAUCUGCAGUGCAAGUAUGGCACACUCAUUCUUUUCCUUAAGGUGCAUAGUAAAUGUAGAUAGUCACAGGCUACUGUUUUGUAAUGUAUUACAUUUCUUAUCUAUUAUUCCUAACCUGUUAUAAAUGUUUGCAGAAAGAAAAGAAUUGAAUUUUUCUAAAGAUCUGUAAAAACCGUUAACUUCUACAAGUAGGCAUUCUAAAUAAAAUUUUUAAAA